AUGGCUGAUAUUGCGAUCCUUCAAGCACGCCUUGCACGAUACCCCCUUGAAGAUCAGUAUAACUGUGAUGAGACUGGCUUGUUUUGGAAGAUGGUGCCUGAUCGUGCGUUAUCAACAGUACCAGUACCUGGCCACAAGAAAGAGAAGGUUCGGAUAACAGUGCAUCACUGUGUCAAUGCAACAGGCAGUCAUAAGCUUCAGCCAUGGAUUAUUGGCCGCUAUCAAAGACCACGUUGUUUUGCUGCUGCUGGAGUGCAGAUUGAGAGACUAGACUGCACCUAUCGAGCCAACAAGAAGAGCUGGAUGACUGGCCCAAUCAUGCUACAAUGGCUUCGCUGGUUUGAUAGCCAGAUGAGUGGCCGAAGGGUGGUCUUAGUUAUGGAUAACUUCAGUGCUCACGAGACUGCUGUCAACGAGCUUGAUACACUGCCUGCUGAAUACGGUCUUCGUAAUACUGAGGUUGUCUGGCUUCCACCAAAUACAACAAGCAAGUCUCAGCCGCUGGAUCAAGGCAUUAUUGCUACAUUCAAGGCCUGUUAUCGACGGCACUGGCUCCGUUAUAUGGCAGAUGAGGUUGAAGAAGAGCGAGAUCCACUCAAGACAAUGAACCUGCUUAAGGCUAUCCGCUUCGUAAUCAGAGCCUGGCAUGAGGUAUCAACUCAAACAAUCACAAACUGCUGGAAUCACUCAGCUAUUGCAUUACAGGCACAGCCUUAUAUGCAGCAACAAAGCACAUUACCAGCUCAGGCAAGUGAAGCACUUGCUCUACUUGAGCAGCAGUUACAAGGUCUCCAACAACAGCAAGUCAUUCGUCAACGAAUGAGCAUUCAACAGCUUCUCUACGUGCCAGAGGAGGAUGUUGUAGAUAACCUCGACGACCUUGCUGAGCAGAUAGCUCAGCAGUUUGAGCCUAUUCCCCCUGAGGAGUCAGAUCAAGAGGAGGUUGAACAACUACCACGUAUACAUGCAUCUCAGGCUUUGAAGUUGUUAAGGCAGCUACGGCUCCAUGAAGAGCAAUCUGAUGAUUGCAAUAGCAGCUGGCUACAGAGCCUUGACAAGUACGAGAAAGUGGUCCAACAAAGAGCCGUAGUUGGCCUUCAACAGCAGGAGAUAUCAUUAUAUUUUGGAGCAGGCUGA